CAAAGUUACAGCUCCCAAAAACCGAAAGAACGAUUAAUCUGAGUCGGAGCAUUGAGAAAACCCCUAACGGAAAUCCAAUUUGCGCCGUUUAUGGAAGAAGAAGAAGAAGGAGGAGAAGACGAAUGCGGAGGGGUAGCUGAGGUGGAAGUUCGCCGGAGCCGCCUCUCUGUAGUUCAUCGGCCGUAGGCGGGGGCCAAAAUCUCCAUCCCUGGUAGUCUAUUUAUUGAUAAUUCGUUCCCAUAUAUCUAGUACAGUUGACCAAUCGAUUGAUAGAGGUAGAGAAAAAUGGGGAAAAGUCCCUUCUCCUUCCGCCGGACUUCCGGCCGGCGCCGCCUCAAGAAAGCGCCGGAGUCGCCUCAGCAGGGGGCUAAGGGAUCCGCGACGUCGCCGCCCCACGACAACAGCACCAGCAACAUCAUCAACAACAACAACAACAGCUUGGUCGUUGCUGCAAAUGCUGGCGGAGGCGGUGGUGCGCUGGCGGCUGGAGGAGGGAAGGGGAAAAAGAAGGCAGGAGGAGCGAGGAUGUGGCCGUGGAUGAGAUUCGAUCGGGCUGGGCAGUCGGAGCUGUUCGAGUGCGAGAAGAGCGCAAUUGUCCGCAGAGCUUCGAUCCCUGCUCGGGAUUUGAGGAUCCUCGGUCCUGUGUUCUCUCACUCUUCCAAUAUUCUUGCCAGGGAUAAAGCAAUGGUUGUUAACUUGGAGUUCAUAAAGGCUAUAGUCACAGCUGAAGAGGUGCUAAUACUCGAUCCUCUUCGUCAGGAGGUGCUUCCCUUUGUGGAUCAGCUGAGACAGCAGCUUGUGCCUAAAAGUGCAUCUAAGACACAAGAAGGUGGUCCAUCAGAUGCUGUUGAUAAUGAAAUGCACGUUCCUGCUGGCAGACGUUGGUUGCCUGUCCCCGAGGCUGCUGAGGGCCUGCAGUGUGAACUCCCAUUUGAGUUUCAAGUUCUUGAGAUAGCAUUGGAGAUUGUCUGCACGGAUUUGGACAAUAACGUGGCGAAACUCGAGAGAGAUGCCUAUCCCAUAUUGGAUGAAUUGGCCCGAAAUGUUAGCACAAAAAAUCUUGAACAUGUCCGAAGCUUGAAAAGCAACCUCACCCGCUUGCUUGCACGUGUUCAAAAGGUGAGGGAUGAAAUUGAACAUUUAUUAGAUGACAAUGAAGAUAUGGCGCAAUUAUAUCUCUCGAGAAAGUGGAUCCAAAGUCAGCAGUCAGAGGCUUUGUUGGGAGCUGGGGCUUCAAAUAGUAUCUCACCUGCUGUGCCUCCCCUUCGUCGUAUCAGCUCUAAUCGGAGUGGUAGUGUGGUGACUAGUAAUUACACGGCUGAUAAUGAUGUGGAGGAUUUAGAGAUGCUUCUAGAAGCUUAUUUUAUGCAGCUGGAUGGAACUCGUAACAAGAUACUUUCUGUGAGGGAGUAUAUUGAUGAUACUGAAGACUACGUCAAUAUUCAACUGGACAACCAAAGAAACGAGCUGAUUCAGCUUCAGUUGAUAUUGACCAUUGCAUCGUUUGCAAUUGCUAUGGAAACCUUGAUAGCUGGUUGUUUUGGUAUGAACAUUCCAUGCCCACUGUACGACAUAAACGGGAUAUUUGGCAUAUUUGUCGGAAGUUCAGGGGCUGGCUGUUUCUUGCUUUUCCUGCUUGUCUUGGGCUACGCGAGGUGGAAGAAGCUCCUCGGUUCGUGAGGUCUCUCCAUUUAGAUGUCCUUCCCCUGCUCCCCCUCUUACGAUGGUAAAGAAACUUUGCAAGCUUAUUGCAGAUUCAUUCACUACAGUGGGUUCUCUGCAGUACAUAGCCAACAUCGCAACGAUGAUGUUUUCAUUGCACGAUACCCUUGAUAACAUGUUGAUAUAAACAAUGAACUAGCCGCUUACUGUUUAUGAGUGGAGAUCGGGAGUUACAGCAAUGCCGUGUCCAUUUGCCUUGUGAGUAAGGAGCUGUUUAGUUGCUCGAAAAGAUAUUGCAUUGACCGCAUUGCUAAUGUCGGUCGAAAAAAACUAUAUAAGCUGCAAGAUUCCAAUGAUUGAAACACUCUUUAGUCA